GAUAUACACUGGAGGGGGGGAGUGGAUAUAUAUUUAUGAAAAUAAGAGCAGAAACAGCGGAUGGUUGUUUUCAUCAGUCUGCAGACGGAGGCAGAUCAGCAGUUUUUGCAGACUGGAGGAUGCAACAAUAGAGCGCAUCCUGCACGCCGUGUUUAAUUGCGGAUUAGAGAAGGACAACGGGGGAAGAGGAGGAGAAGGAGGGGGGAGCACAACAAAAAGGAGCAGACGGGCUUUAUUAUACGGAGGAAUUAGCGGAGACAGCAGCAGCGUGAGCCCGGACGCUGGUCCAGACCGUGGCGGGGGCGACGGCAGCGGGCAGGACACACCGACGGUCGGCGGCGGCGCUCGGAUGCUGCGGAGGACGCUCCUCCCGACGCGGCGACGAUGCGGCCACACUGCUGGGUGAUGGUGGUGCUGGCGGGGAUCAUGUCCUACCUGAGCCCGGAGAGAGCCCUCGGUGCACCGCAGAGGGAAGUUUUUCAGACCAGGGCUGCAUCCCUCUCUCCUCCACCCUAUGUCAUCAUCAUCAUCUCUUGCUCGGGGCUCGUCUCUUUUGUUCUGCUUCUCCUCACCUGCCUGUGCUGUAAGAGAGGAGGAGUGGGGUUCAAUGUAAGUCUUCAACAUGAGUUUGACAAUGCAGAUGGGGAGGAGUGCUCUGGAGGCUCCAGUCCUAUCCAGGAGGACAGUCUGUCAUCAUGUCCCUCCCUUCCUGAGGUCUACACUUUGCCAGUCAGAGACCGACCCAACUGCCCCGCUCUGCAGAAUGGAGCGGACUCCAAAUCUCAGUGCUUCAAAAGGCACACUUUAAACUACCUUCAGGAGAUAGGGAAUGGCUGGUUUGGAAAGGUGAUCCUGGCUGAAAUACUGUGUGACUGCAGCUCCUCUCAGGCUGUGGUGAAGGAGCUGCGUGUCAGCGCCAGCCCUCUGGAGCAGAGGAAGUUCUUGGCUGAAUCUGAGCCGUACAGAAGCCUGAAGCAUCCCAACGUCCUGCAGUGUUUGGGGCAGUGUAGUGAGAGUAUCCCUUUCCUUCUGGUCAUGGAGUUCUGUCAGCUGGGUGACCUGAAGAGGUACCUGCGAGCCCAACGCAAGUCAGAUGGGAUGACUCCAGACCUGCCAACCAGGGAUCUCUUGACUAUCCAGAGAAUGGCCUAUGAGAUCACAUCGGGACUGUUGCAUCUUCAUGAAAACAACUACAUUCACAGUGAUCUGGCUUUAAGAAACUGUCUCCUGACCUCAGACCUCACUGUGAGGAUAGGCGACUAUGGUCUCUCACACAACCAUUAUAAGGAGGAUUAUUACCUAACUCCAGACAAGUUAUGGAUCCCACUGCGCUGGAUUGCACCUGAGCUUCUGGAGGAGUACAGAGGUUCCCUCAUUGUAACCGACCAAACCAAGACCAGUAACGUGUGGUCCUUGGGUGUGGUGAUAUGGGAGCUCUUUGAGUUUGGCUCCCAACCCCACAGACACCUGAGCGAUGAAGAGGUGCUGACCUUUGUCAUUAGGGAGCGACAGAUCACCCUGGCCCAGCCCAGACUCAAACUUUCCCAUGCAGAUUACUGGUAUGAGAUCAUGCAGUCUUGCUGGCUACCACCAUCACAGCGCCCCUCUGUAGCUGAAAUAUUCCUCCUCCUCUCUUCCCUGCUGGCUGCCGAGCAAGGAAUGGCGAGGGGAAGUGUCGGGGAAGAAGAUGAAGAGGAUGAGGAGUAUGAAGAGAGCCGAGGAAGGAGAGGGGAAAGUGAGGAGUCGUUUGAAAGACGCUGGGACCUACUCCGUCCACCUGCCUUUCAGACUGCAGCAAACGAACGGCAUAGGGACAGAGACAACAGCAGGGAAAGCAGAGACAGCUCAUACCCCCUACUGGACCCUGUGGGGAACUGUAUCACCCCAUCCUCAUCUGAACUGGAUGACAUCUUGACAGUCACAGAAACUAGCAAAGGCUUGAACUUUGAGUAUUUCUGGGAGAAGGCUCAUGCCAGGCGGGGAUACAAACCUCUUCCUCCACCUCAGCCAAUCCCGACUGUGAACAACAACCACAGGCAGUCUUUGGACACUCCUACUGUGGUGCCGGUGAUAAGCGCCCGCAGCCCUUCGCUUGCCAGCGAAUACUACAUCAGACUAGAGGAGCACACUCCCCAAGACAAGUCACCAACUCUUAAAGGGAAGGCACAGUCAUCUUUUCGCUCUGAUUCCGUUUGCCCUGGAGACAUGGAGCUUGUGGAGAUUCGUAGUGGAUUGUUGGGAAAAGAGAGAGUCCCUUAUUGUUUGUCGGACAAAUGUGGAAAGACCCUCCAGACCGUCCGAUCAAGCGAAGUUCAGCUUCAGGUACCCAACACAGGGGUGGCUGAAUUCAGAGACACUUCAAGCAGAGUUACUGACUUCUCCGUGGUGGAUUUAGGUGAUGAUGAUGAAGUUGAGAAGAAAAAGGGCAGUGACCCGGAGAGAAAAUACUCCAUGACUUCUCAAGCUCCAGUCCUCCCUCCCAAGCCUCGAUCUAUGUCCAUGUCUUCAGCCAACCAUCUUCACUCCCGUCCUCUCCCUGCCCCUCCACUCGGUUAUAGAGGAUUGCCUCAUUAUACUCUCAGUGGAAAGAUUGAGACCGACCCCCUUCACGGCUGCUCAUCUUCUACCUUUGAUCACCUCGGGCUCCACCGGUCCCGUCAGACUCUGCCACCUUCCCCGUCCCUGUCUCCUUCCAUUCCCCCAUCAAGUCAUCCAAUUUACCCUCAGCCUCCUCAAAUGUGUCCUCCCCCUCUCCCUCCUCACGCUAACCCACAACGAAGUAUCCCCAGCUACAACAAAGCUGAUGUUUACUUGAGAUAUAGUAAGCCACAAAUACAGAGAUCCAAUAGAGACCCACUAUCCUGUGACAUGUCUGAUAAAGAGAGUGACACCGGGCAUCGAGCAUCAUUACACACCUCCAAGGAGACUUCUUGUUCCCACGUAAGAGACUUUGACUCUCCCAUCCGCAGAGAAAACCCUUUGCGGCCAAUUUAUCGAAAUCCACCCCGCCCUCAUCCAACAAAUCCACCGAUUGACAGGCAGUCCUCAUCGAGUCCCACCUACUCAGAUGAAGACGAUUCUCCCUUCAUGUCCCCUGAAAGACUCAGCAGUGAGCCGGGUGUCGUUACCUCCAGCCUAUCCGAAGACACGGACCCGGCCACUGCAGAGCUCUUCUUCAGGGGAAUGAAAAGGACUCAGUCACGCCUUGACACGAUCCUGCCCGCCCUUUGGAAAGAAGAUGCAGAACUUCAGACAGACCAUAUCACUGCAGCCAAAAAAUCCCCCAUGCACCUGUUUCUGACGGAGAUAUCAAGUGUGACAGAGUCAAGUGAUGCCAAGUCCGAGGGUUCAUGGGAUGGGGAGAAGGAGGAGAAAAAAGACGGAGAAAGAUGGGGGAAUUUUGUGCUGCCCACCAAAGGAAUGCGCCGGUCUCAGUCACUGAUCACAGAGCUUGGCUCAACAGGACAGUCGUGGGGACAAGAGAAACAUAUUAACAGGACAGGAGCUGAGGAGGACAAUACAGCCAUGAAGGAAUCAUUCCAACAGGAUCUUUUUCUCACAGAGAUUGACACAGGAAGGCUGGAUACAGAUCCAGAGAGACUACUGGAAAAUGAUCCAGUAAAGUAUCUCUACCCUGCAGGACCCAGAUCUCGACCGUAUGUCUGUGUGUCUGGCCUUCCCUCAUACAAAGAAGCUGAAGAAGCUUACUCAAAAGGUAUGAGGAGGUCCCGCUCUCUCCUGUCAGAGAUCACUGUUGACAAGCAAGGAUCUGAAAUGCCUUCUACUGAGAAGGAGCCGCAGAGACCUGAAAUGACCAGGGAAGAGUUUCUGAAAGAGAUACAGUCAGCAGAGACCUUUCUGACUGAAAUCAUAUCAAGACAAAACCCUGGCACAAACAGGAAGGAGCCGGAUCCAUCCUACUCCCCUACUCCACUGUCCCCUGAAUAUGAAUCCAUAUGCAUUGACCCAAACUCCACUCAGACCAUCAGAUUCCAGUCAGAGAGCUCUAUACGAGGAUCCAACAAAGGUAAAGAUGAUAUACAAACUGAGGCCAUUUACGCUCAAGUAACUAAGCGUGCUAAGAAGGGCGAGAUAAAGGUUUCUGUGCGGCCUGAGAUCCCAAUUCUCCACAUAGGAUCAAAUAAGCAGCCAAUUAAGCUGGAAAGCCUUGGGUGCAAUGCUGAUCACUGCCAGUCAGGUGAGUUUGUGUUUUCUGAAAUCAUGCCCAAAAAUGGUUUAUUACACAACCAAAGACUCGAGAGUCAGAAAGAAGAGGAAGAAUGUUCAGUAGGCCCUGCCUUACCUGCCAGACAAGAGCAACCAGAUAUAUCUGAGCUCUCUCCUUCUGAAUCCAUUCAGAGUAGUGCCGAGUCCAACACUGUGAUGUUGCGUGAGAACAAAUCACUCACAACUGAUGAAACUGAGAAGUCUGCUGUUAUUGGGAAUGGCGAGAUAAUGAAAGACAACUCAAAGGCCUGCAGCCCUGAGAAAGAAACUCAGUCUGAGGGAAAGUCUGACAUGCUUAAUAACUCUGAAAAGGGAGCUGAUUUGAAGAGCUCCAAAAAUGCAACUUCUUGUGAUAGUCAAAGCUUUACAGAUGCAAAGGGAGAAAAUGUCUUUGGGCUCAGUGACACUGGUCAAGAAAAACUCUGUCACAUCACCCAAAUGGAGCCCAGUCUAUCAGCGACUCCAUCCACCCCAGAGUGGGACCCGUCCUCUGAUUGCUCACUCGUCACCCCCUCUGACUCAGCCCUGUCACCUAUGACUUCCAGCUCAGCCGAUUGCCUGACACCUAGUGACUCGUGGACAGGAGGAGGAGGGAUGGGAAGCAGCGGGUGGCGGGCACUGGGAAAUGAAAUGCCACAUCGAGACUCCGCCUACUUCUCAGACAGUGACUGGGAGGGUGACGGGAUGAACAGGAGAAGCAGUGAUGGACUUAUUGUCUCAAGACCAAGCAGUGGCCGAGGGAGCGAGAGGGGACUACUGACGGGGAUAGAGGAGAAAACUGAAGAGGAGGGAGAGAUGAAGGAAAAAAGCCCAUUACGAAACAGUUUACACUUGUCGGAUAAGAGAACAGCAACUGAAGAGGAGGACUGUACUGUACAUAUUUAUGAAAAGAAUGAUGAAAUGUGUCAAACUAUUGCUGAAAAGGAUGUCUCUCCAUUGGACAAAGGUAUCCUAAACCGAGGGCUGGAUUCUUCACUGAGAGAUGAUUCGGGCAUUUUUUCCAACGAGAGCAAAAAAUCAGCACUUCUGUUUGAUGAUGCCGAAGUCAAGGACUGUGUAGACUUAAUUGAUAAGUUGUUUUCAAAAUUAGAUGAUGAGCCGCUGAAAGGGCUUUUGCACGGUGGUGAGUAUGUGAUAGACAGACCCUACACAGAUGGCAUCAUUUCUACGAUAACAGCCUGCCAAUACCCUGACUCUGAAGAGAGUGGUCUAAAUCUACAUUCCAAGAGCCAUGCUGAGACGAGUGGUUUGAUCAAGUCCAUAUCCAGCAUCCAGUCAGAGGACUGCAUGUUUAAACCAAGCAACAAAGAUUAUGCAAGUGUGACAGAGACAGAUAAUGAUCUCACCGAGCAAAACUCUGGAAAUGAAACCUUUGACUCUAUCUCACCAUCCCAGAGUGAUGACACAGAGGAGAGGUUAUCUACACCGUGUCACAUUCCACCCAGUGACAGCAUACAAAGAGUUGAAACCCUGCCAAAAAGUGAUGGGGAGCCUUUUGAUGUUAAAGUGAAUGAUCUGGCGUGUCCAGGUCUAGACCAAAACGAGCUGGGCUUGAGAACUCUUCAAUGCUCAGACGGCCAAGAGGAUAAGGAGGUCUUGAUGGAGACAGAGCAACAUCAGGCGACUGCAGGGCUGAAAAACUGCCUGAAAGAAAAGUCUCCCCAGAACAGCGCAGUAAGAGCGGUCGACUCAGCUGAAAAUAUGUGUAGCAAUUCUUGUGAGGGCCCAGAUGGGAUGCCCAAAGACCUAUGGAGUUCACUAGGGGUGGAUGAAGAAAGACCAGGGUCUGGAUUGGUUCAGGGUGAGCUUGACUGUCACCGCCUGUCAAAGUCAAGUGACUUGAGACUGUGGCCUGAUGAAAACAACCAGUGGGCCUCUCCUGAGAAGAGAUGCCGAGACAUCGAACUGAGAUCAGAAUUUUUCUCUGGGUUCGGUAAUAAGGCAUGGGAGGUGGGGGAGAGGCUCGUUGUGGGUCAGGAGUUCUGGGAUGCAGAAGAAAACGACGAACUUGCAGAAAGUGAGCCUCACCCUGCUGUCUUGGAGGGCUGUGAAGAAACCUGGACCAAUGAAACACAAGGGCUCACAUGGACCUCUAAGGCCACAGAUGCACAACAAACCACAGCAGAAAUACAACAAGAAGAAAAUAUUGAGAUCCUGGGGGAAAUAGAAAGUUUCAAGAGCAAUGCAAAGAGAGAUACUUCAGAUAUUGAAAGAGAAAAUUUAGAAAACCCAGAGGAAGAGAGCUUGGUGGAAGGAGAGAGGAAGAUUUCCUCAUUCCCUGAAGCAGUCAGGGGUACACAGAGUCCCACAGAGACAGAGGAAAAUCAAAAUUUUAACAUAUGGCUUCAGAAUCAGCUCUGUAACUUCAACAAAGAGGAAGACACAUCAACUGUACAUCCUGACACAGCCCCAGACCUUCCUCUCGAGAACCACUUAAGCUCGAUUUCAGUGAAUGACAGUCCUAAUAUAUCUGACGUUAACGUUUCAGAUCUGGGAAAUGGUGAAUCAGGCUUCAAUUCAGAGGUCGAGAGGAGACCUUGGCUCGCUCACUACUUGGUAGAAAAUAGAAAAGAAAUUACAAAAGUUGAGAAGGAUUACAGAGACAUUCUCAUUCAAUCCAGCCCCACUCACUGUGAGGCACAGGGGGAGAAAGGUCAGUCAUAUCCAGAGGUUGACAAUUUCAGCUCUGUAGAUUUUCCAAGUCCUCCACCAAGCAUAGACCUUGACAUACAAGAUGAUAAACUGGAGAGUUUAGAUGACUCUUUUCCAAGUCCGCCACCAUCUGUUAUAGAGACAGAGGACUUUAUUAGUCACAUUCAUCUGGAAGACUUUAUCGGCACUACUGAGACAGAGUUGUGUAUUACUCCAUCUAACAAUACAAAUGUCUCAGAGACACCUCUGCAGGAGUUACCGCCUGCUACAACUCAGAAUAAAGGGAUCUCAGCCAAUCUGAACUCCCCCUCUGUGCACAUAACACUCACCGAUGAGAGCAACCUGACAUGCAGUAUAGAAACUCAGGAUGAUGAUACUAAUUUGUCUCAGAAAACGUCACCUACAGUACCCAGUGCAACCCAAGAUCCCCUGAAACAUAUCCCUGAAUUGUUGAUUUCUGAGUGGAAAGAUCUGGAUGAGGAGCCACUUGAGGAUUUUGAAAAGCUAGAGCAACUCUGCUGCAUCUCUGAGGAUGAGGAGGAAACUCUGGGAGACCUUUUCCUGGGGAACCUGGAGCUUCUGGAUUCUUUCAAGAAAACACCUGAUCAGAAACAGAGCAGUGCAGGUGGCGAGGCUGUGGAUGACAAAAUAUGUGACUCCACUCUUCCCGAGGGCAGAAGCAGCGUGGAUUUGAAAGAGGAAAGGAUCUCUGAGAACUUGGACCAGCUUGUAGAGUCUGAACAACCCGUGAGCCUGGAUUCCCAAGGCAGUCUGUCCCCGCCAAUGGAAAGGACUGACUGGCAGAAACCAGCAGGCCAAACAUGUGACGUCAAAGACCAGGGAUCUCUAUCGAAGAUGGCGACUAAAAAUGGCCUCAUGAUGCAGGUGUGUGAGGAGAAACUGCAGUUUUCCCUCAGCGAAAAUGUGAAAACAAACGUGCUUUGGGGGACAGCUGUGAAAGACACUGUUAUACUCCGGCCCUGGGGGGAACAAGUCACAGAAAGACCCGCUGAGCUUGUCCCCGCGGAAGACCAGAGACCGGAUGAAAGCCAAGAGGACCCAGACGCUGCCCCCAACAGUCAGGAAUCCACAGAGUCUGAUCAAACUGAAUCUGAGCCACUCACUGUGAUUGAACAACCUGAGAUCACAGCAUCUCAGCCAACAGCAAACCAGGCGAUGAAAGCAAAGCUUGCUCGCCUGUCUCUCGCUCUCCCUCCUCUCGCUCUGACUCUUCCCCUCACCCCAACUGGUAAAGGGGGAUUUGGGGACGGAGCUAUUGGAAACCGAAUCGGAAGACGAAGAGGUCUGUUGUCGGGACACGAGCCGGAGGAUGAGGAGGAGGAUGAACAAGAGGACGAAAGCUCCCGUAGGGUGAUUGUUGUCACAGAAACAGAUGUGGACAAACGGGUUGGGCUGAGAAGUUUGCUGAAGUCACCUAAGGAGCCGAUGGACCGAGAGAGGGACAGAGGAAGAAAUGUGUCAUUUUUUGAUGAUGUCACAGUCUAUUUAUUUGAUCAGGAAACACCAACCAACGAGUUGAGUACGCCAGCCCCCACAGGUCCAGCGUCCGUGUCUGUCAAAAGCAGCAAGUUGGACUUGCAUGGGCCAAACAAAAACAAAGAAUCAAAAAGGAAAGAGGACUCAUCGUUCAAACCAAGGUCGCCUGUGGGAGCCAAUCCAGGGACUUCAUCACGUUUCACUGUCAGCCCUGCCAACGACCCCCAUUUGGUGUGAUAUAAUGCAUCAUCAUGAGCUGAAGCCUCUUGGACUGGCCAGUGAAUUUACGCAACAACCAGCCAUUCACCCAGAGGAUAUUUUUUUAUUGAAUAGGCAACUGAAAGAAUGAGACUUUGAAUUUAAAAGCUGGACACAUUCCAGGUUUUACCAGCGAGGGGAUUUUGUACAAGAGGGAUCACGGAGCUCCUGCCUGCCACUGUUUACAGAGUUUAGUCUUUGGAAAAGGCAGCAUAUGCUGAAAGAAGAGGAACCUGGAGCUUUUAAAAUCUGAAACAGAUUUGACAGCUAUGCAGUGGUAGUCUUGCUGUGUACCAGCUUCCCUUCUCCUUUUCUGCUUCAUUCUGUUGUUCUUAUUUCCCGAGUGUGUGGGGAAUGCAUCUUCUUUAGUAAUUCAGCUGUCUCUGUAAAUGCUUGGAAUCUGGUCCGGUCUUUAUUAAAGACAUUUUUUUGUUUUUUGGGUUUUUUUUUUCAUUGCAGUCAGUCAUUCUUGUAGGAAACAGUUUUGAAAGAGAAUUUCUUGAUCCUGUGUUUCAGAAUAUUCCUUCGCAUUUGUACAAAUAUCAUAACACAAGUGUAUACUGUAUAAUUUUAGAGGUUUUACUUUUACUUGUAUUCCUAGACUGCACGAAUAAUUAAAAAUACUAUGUUUCUUUAUUCUUUUAGUUAUGAAAAGCUUUUAUUUCUUUUAUUAGAUAUUAUAUGAGUAAUAUAAUUUAUGCAAAUGUGUUCAUUUAUUUAUUUAGCCAUUUAUUUAUUUAUUUACUUAUCUACUUAUUUAUUUAUUGCUUUAGUGCAUUUAGCAUAUAUGAAUUUAGCUAUAAUUUGAAGAAGAUUGCAUCGAAGUUAUACCCCUGUCUAAGAUCUUCAUAACAUAAAUCAAAAAUAUUUUCAAAAACAUCUUAAUUGCUAAAAAGUAUUUUGUAUAAUUUUACUUGUUAAAAUAUGCCAAUCUGUAAUGUAAGGAACUAUGUCCUGUAAUGUUUUCUUAUUUUCCUAUGUCUGAUUUUUCAGCAGUCUUGUCAUUCUUUUAUCUUGUUUAAGGACAGUUAAUGUAGCUUAGCAUGACAAAUUGAAUCCUUUCAUGAGUAAAUAAUUCCAUUUGUUUGUGUAUCUGUUAAUUUAUCCCAUGACCUACUAAUAACAGUCACUCAUUCAGCUGAGGUCAAACUAGUCAGUUUGUUUAGUCUGUUUAAAUGUUGGUUUACUUGUAUUGUUUAAAGAACGGUUUUCAAAAGGGGUUAUGUGAAAUCAUGGGGAAAUAAAAACUAAAAAAUGUGAAGCUCUUAUU